AUGAUUAAAACAAGUAGUUACAAUUGGAUAAUGAAAGGAACAGACAAAGAGGUAGAGCAGUGGGAAAAGAUUGAUCCAAUUGCUUCCAUUCGUGUGCUGUCUCCAGUUCCAUCAAAAGGAUCUCUUCCUCGCAAGAUAUACUGCAACACAAAAGUCAAGCUAUACAAUGUCGGUGAUUGGUAUGGUCUUAACCAGUUGGCAGAAACGGCCAGGAAAACUAAGUUUCGGUCAACAAGAUCUCCAGGUACACAUGGAACGUUUUACAAUUGGUUGAAGAGCCGCCUCAACUUGAACGAGCCUACAUGUAGCGAGUUUCUAUCCAAACAUGAGACGUACCUAUUCAAAAUCAAAAACAAACGUCAGUUUCUUAUGUUUCUCAACUCCAAACUUAACGAACUUCAUCAUGCCAGUGAAAAUUCAAGGUUAAACGUUGUUCCACUUCCACCGAAUUGUGCAACUAGAUGGAUUUCGAAAUUUCUCAAGCUCGUUUGCAUUAUCACUUUACUCUUGCUGAUCUCAUCCAUAUCAAUCCUGCUUUUGUUCCUACAUACAGAUGUAAUUGAGUCUUGUUUCAUACACGAUGAAGAUUACCAAUCCCUUGUUAAGAUCUUCAAGAAGAAGCUAUUUUUGCUAUUACAACGAGAAAACAUCUCCAAUUACUGCUGA